AUGUAGAACGUCUAGGUUCGUUCUCCUAAAAAAUAUUGUCCAGAUCAAACUUAUAAAGAAUACUUAGAUUGUAAUCAAUUCAAGAUUAUUCUUAAUAAUUUUGUACAUCCACUUCACCAUAAAUAAUGGAAUCAUUAGCCUAGACUAACAGAAAUAAAGCUUAAUUAUUUAUUAACAAUAAUGUUUGAUGGGAAUCUUGUUUAAGAAUAUUGCAUACUCUAUCCUAAUGUAUUAAGAAUAGGUAUUCAUAAUAUUCAAUUAUCGUAAUAUCAGAUAAAAAAACAAAGUUUCUUGUUUAAUAAUAAUACCUGUUAUUUAAUAACAUUAGACAAUGAUAUUCUGCUUCUCUUUAAAAAUGAAGAUGUAUAAUUGCUUUGGUAUUAUUAAAUGAAAGAGUUUAGUAUCCUAAAGCUCUUUUAUCUAAAAUUUUAAUUAGAAUAGUAGCUAUUUUAAGAUUUCUACAAGAUUACAAACAAAAAGCAAGUAAUCUUUUUUGAUAUAUCAAGAAUAAUGAAUAAUUGUCUGCUUACUUCAUCAAUAAAUAAUAACCUUACCUUGAAUAGACAUUUGGAUUAUUACAUGAAAGUAGACAUCCUGCAAUCUUAUAAGUCAAAGGUAUUUAUGAGGAUCAAUCAAAUUAUAUCGUGGUUACUGAUUACUAUGAAGGAGAACCUUUAUUUAAUGCUCUUAUAAAUGGAUUACAAUUAAACGAAUCGCAAAUAGCAUCUGUACCUUUGUUUCUUUAAUUUAAUACUUUAGGUAUUUUACUAGAUAUUGAUCCUUCUUCGUUAUUUACAUGAUCAUGAAGCAUAUCAUGGCAAUCUUAAUGCUUUAAAUGUACUUAUAAACCAGGAGACAAUAAAUAUGGAAAUAUAAGUUAUAGGAUUCGUCUAUUAUGUAUUCAGAAUACUCAUUUUGAUAGCCUUUCAAAUAAAGUGAUGAAGUUACUUAAUAUUGGGAUUGGGUCAGUUAGUUUUAAUAUAAAAGUGGUUAAUUUGGUCAAAUUCCAGGAAUACAUUGUGAUUUGUAUUAAUUAGGAGUCUUAUUAUAUAUGAUCACCUUCUUUAAAAAAAAUGUUUUAGAGAUGGAAGUAUAAAAUACUAUGAAAAAUAGAAUAAAAAUGACUAUAUUAAAAUGUACAUAAAGUAUAUGUCAGAUUUCCGAAUAGAUCAUGAUUUAAUAAAUCUAAAUAUAGAUAUAUUGACAGGUAGAAUUUAAAUGAAAUUAGAAAUGAAAACUCCAAAUGAGAAUUACUUUCAUGUUUUUUCUUUGAGUCAAUUAGAUUUUAUAAGGAAACUACUUUGUUAAUGUUCAUUAAUGGAUGCAAUAUCUAAUUAAUGGUUUAUAAAUACAUAGCAAAAAUGUAAAUCUCAAAAUCAGCGUUAAGGAACAUAGAAUCUGAAAACAAUUAUUGAGUAGAGAGAGUUUAGUGAUGAAGAAUAAAUUAAAUCAUAGACUAAACGAAAUAGUGUUUAAAGUGAAAAUAGCAAUGAAAGUAAGUUAUUUUAAUAUAUAUAAAGUUGAUGAGUAUCCAAUAGUUGAAAAUCUAAUACGAAAUAUUAUAGAUUAUGAAAAGGCGCCAUGUAAAACUCAUCAUUGCUGA